AUGAGAGAAAUCGUAUCCUUCAAUCUUGGUCAGUGCGGUAUCCAGUUAGCCGGACAAUUUUGGCAGCGUCUUGCAAAAAAUUUAACACAUUUGUCAACGCAAGAUACGCUCAAUAACGUAAACACUGAGAUUAUUAAUCGUUUUUACAGUGAAUCUGAUAGUUCACCUGGAAACGGGCUAUUAGAUAACUAUGUCGCACGUGCCGUCCUGGUGGACACAGAAAUCGGUGCUGUUAACGAUGCAAUAAAGGAUAAUCAAACCACCAGGAUAGAUUCUAACAACAUUAUCACUGGUACAGAGGCUACUGGCAACAACUGGGCCACGGCAUAUGAAUGCUAUGGUCCCAAAUAUAAGGAGUCCCUGGAAGAUAUGCUCCGGGGGCAAGUAGAGCAAUGCGAUAGUCUGCAGUGCUUCAAUCUCAAUUUUUCCCUUUCCGGAGGUACUGGUUCAGGCCUAGGUAGUUAUUUACUGGAAUUACUAGCCAAUGACUACCCUAAGAUAACGCGCCUGACCAAUGUCAUCACCCAAACAAAUGAUGCCACUGUUGCAACUUAUAACACAAUACUUUGCCUAAACAAGCUACAAAAAUUUUCAAAUAUGGUGGUAUGCUACUCAAACGAGUCAAUUUUAGAUGUUAGGUAUCCGAAUUCCAAUAACUUCUCAUCUCCUACGCCAGCCGAGUGCAACAAAUACUUUGGGCCCAUAAAUGAAUCGAUUCAUGACUUUUUGAUGCCAGUACUUAUGAUUCUUGGGAAUUCAAAGUAUAUAUCGUCGCACAUAGAUACCCUAGUCAGCAAUUUAACCCCUUUUCCUGGGUUGAACUACUGUAGUGCUGGAGUUAGCUCGCUGGGAUUUAAAGAGGUCAAGAGUGAUCUAACUAUUGACCAAAUUUUCUGGCAAGCCAUGCAAAAUAACACAAUUUUAUCGCCCAUUUCUAAUGCCAAAUCUCAUUCACUGGGAAUUGCACUUUUUGGGGCUACGAAAUUCUCUAAUAGAGAAGUAUCAAUGCAAGCCACUAGGAUUGCAUUCAAAAAUGAUAUGCUAUCAUACAAUCGUAACGGUGUAAAAUUGUAUCUAAAAUCAUCAACAAAUGAAACUGAUAUGUACGAUAAGCUGUGUGUACUGGAUAACAACUGUUCCAUACAUUCGUAUCUGGAAAAUGUAAUUAGUAGCUUCCAAAAGCUGUACAGCAAGAAAGCGUUUAUACAUCACUUCAAAGACAUAAUAGAUGAUGCACAAUUUCAACAGGUCAAUGAAAAUAUUACUGAAGUGGCACAAACUUACCGUGAGUUGGAAAGAAAUGUAUUUACAUCAACUAAGCACCUUGACCAAAAAAUACUCAGGAACCUGGGCAAUACAAUUAGUGCCACUGAUGCCCCAAACCGCUCUAUUACGACUGAGAAGAGUUGCGGAAUGCCACUAAAAAUGCAGGCAAAAUCCAGUAAGGGGCUGAAGGUGUGGUGUAUCAAGCCGAAUCAUCUGGAUAGCGUUGUUAGUUGUAAAAGCGGAAAGCAUUGGUGGGACCUAUGCGCCUCGCCCAUAGUCUAA